AUGGCUUGCAACCACUUCGCAAAUAUAAAACCACAACAGCUUAGAAAGGUUUUGCCUAAUUUAAAUAUAGGCCAGUGUGAAAGCUGCCAAGAGAAAAAUUCUUGACUUUGCUUAAAUUGCUAUUCCCAAGGCUGUGGCCGCUAUCAAUUAGGACAUGCUGAGAAGCACUCUCUUACUAAAAAGCAUGCCAUCGCGAUUUCUACUGACUCUUAUGACGUAUGAUGCUAUUUGUGUGACGAUUCUCUGUCAAAUUUAGCAGAAACAUUUGAAAGUGAAAGCAAAAAGGACCGAGCUUUAGAAAUGAUAGAUGAUAUAAAAACUGUGCUAAUGAAUUUUAAAGCUAAAUCUAACAAAAAGAAAGGGAGAGAUGAAAAAAUUCUGAACAAGCCACCAGUAGAAAUAAAAAAAAUCGUACAAGAAAAGAAAACGCUAAAGCCAGAAGCCAGAAAAGUGGAUAAUGACGAAGAAGAAAUCAACCAAAACGAAGAAGAAACUAAAGAGCCUCCACGAGAAGUCGAAAAACCAAGAAUUACGGUAAGAGGGCUCAAUAACUUAGGCAAUACUUGCUUUUUCAACUCAGCCUUACAAUGUUUAAACGCGACAGUUCCUCUUGCAGAGUAUUACCUUAAUUCAAUAGAAGAAAAAGAACUAGGAGGGAUCAAUAUGAUUUUUGCUCAGACCUUGAACGAAAUGCGGUUUGGCCGUGGUCCAUAUAACCCAAGGCUCUUGCAUUCAUCAAUAACAAAGCGUUUUGCUCAAUUCCGAGGAUAUGGCCAACAAGAUUCUCAUGAGCUUCUGAGAUCGCUACUUGAUGCUUUAUCGACUGAGUUCACAAAAUUUCAUCAUGAUCCUAAUAAUAUUGUUGAGCAAACCUUUGGAAACAAGCUUAUGAGCACUGUAAGAUGCCUGAACUGUCAAACUGUGUCUAGAACUUUUGACCCAAUUUUAGAUCUCUCACUAGAAAUCCCAUUAAAAAAAGUUCCUAUAUCAGACGAUGUUAAUAAUGAAUUUACCUUGAUCCCUCCAGAGCAGCUGCCUGAAAUAUUCCGAGACCAGCAGCUAUAUGAGCCUGUAGUUGGCCAUUAUCAUGACCCAGAUACUCUUUUAGGCUGCCUAGAAGAUUUCAUGUGCCGUGAAGACCUCAAAGACAACAAAAACCUCUACAAAUGUGACGAAUGCAAAAGGGAAACCCAAGCCACACGCACAUUUUUAUUAUAUGGAGCCCCAAAAGUCCUAGUUUUACACCUUAAGCGAUUUUCCCACAAAGGCCGAGGAUUCCAAAAAAUCGGGACCCAUAUACGUUUUGGCUUUGACCUGGAUAUACACAAAUUUGUGAUUAAGCCUGGAGAAAACACCCGUUACAGCCUUUUUGGGGUCGUUGUACACUCAGGAAGUAUGCUUGGCGGGCACUAUAUCGCUUUUGUAAAGCACAACAAUGCCUGGUACCAUUGUUCAGACACCCACGUUUCCCAAGUUUCCGAGACACAAAUUGUAAAAGCUGAAGCUUAUAUUUUAUUUUACAAGCAAAAUUCAGAAUAA